UCUAAAGAGAGACUAGAGCUUUACCGGAAGUUAGGCUAAGCUAAAUAGUUUGGCAAAACAAAACUGAAAGUGCUAGAGAAAGCGUCGUCACGGAUUUCGUGUUUAGUUUUGGGUUUGUUUUCGGAAAGAACCGAGGAACUAAACGAACAUGCAAGAAUAAUAGUUUUGUUAAUAUAAUAUUAUCUCCAGACAGCCUGUUUCCACCCGGUCUGUUUUAUCGACAACACAGAUGUGUUUUUUCUCUCCUCACGACGACUGAGGUGAUGAGGCAUGCAGACUGUGCUCGAGAACAAAGUCUUCCUUAUCAAAACCCUGUCUGCUAACCCCAACUUCAUCUUGCAGUAUGUCCAACAGGAUAAAAUCAUCACCCAUCUUGAUUACAUCAAUCUUAAGCAUAGUAACCACACACCUAUGAAUAUGAUCAUUGACCUUCUGGACACUGUGAUGAACAGAGGUGAUGCGCCGUGUUGCAAAUUUGUGGAUCUCUUGCAGCGAGAAGAGAUUCAAGAAAAUUUCCCUGACUUGGAGAAAUGUUUCAUCCCCCCACCUACAUCACACAACCAGGAUAACCCAGUCGAAGCAGCCAGUGAGGUGGAUGACUGUUAUCCUGUGACCCGGCGGCCUUUAGGACACUGUCUGAUUAUUAACAACCACACAUUUGAAGAGACAUCCAGACUCCCGAAUAGGAGAGGGACGGACGCAGAUAGAGAUGCACUUACUGAAGUUUUCGAGAGAAUGCAUUUCAUAGUGGAAGAGAGAAGAGAUCUUUUAAGUUCACACAUUCAGGACACUGUGAUUGAGUUCGCAAUGAAGGACCACUCCAGAAUGGAUGUCUUCGUGUGCUGCAUUCUCUCACAUGGUGAGAAGGGUGUCGUGUUAGGGACUGACGGCAAAUCUGUCGCGAUCCGUGAUCUCACUCAGCUGAUUUCCGAAAGCUUGACGCUCACGGGCAAGCCCAAAGUCUUCUUCAUCCAGGCGUGUCAAGGCAAUGAUCUGCAGAGGGGUGUUUUCAUGCAAGAUGGAUUUGAAGAUGAUGGGAAUGAGGACAAUGCUAAAAAAGCCAAUCUCACCCGUGUCCCUCUUGGAGCAGACUUCCUGAUUGGGAUGGCAACUGUGGAGUCCUACAGGACUUUCCGUCACACAACAAAAGGAUCCAUUUACAUCCAGGAGUUGUGCAAGUACCUGAAGGAUUGCUGCCCCAAAAAAGAAGACAUCCUGUCAAUUCUGACGAAGGUGAACCGCAGCGUGAGCGCCCAAGAGUUAAAUCGUCACAAGCAGGUGCCGGAGCCUCGCUACACUCUUACCAAGAAACUGGUGCUACCCAUGGACUGAGCUAGAAAGACUUCUGCGAUCAGUCUUUGUCUUCCGUUACAUCUGAUUAGAUUUUCCAUCAGUCCUGAUCAUCAUGUAGGUUUUCUGGUGUUGGGUGUUAACAUUUUGGCCAAUUAUUUCACGUUAAUUAGCCAACUCUCUAUGUGAUUAAAUAUUGAGAAAAAAAUCCCUUUGGUACGUAAGGCGCAAGCAGCACGUGUUUCUUUUUUGAAAUUCAGAAUACAUGAUUUAGCUAUUUUGAAGUUCAUCUGCAAUGUGAAUUUCCACUAUAGCAUUAAUAAAAACCUGCUACAUGUAGACUACACUCACCGUCCACUUGGAAUGUCCAAUACACCUGUGUGUGUGUGUGUGUGUGUGUGUGUGUAGGUGUACAUGUGUUCCUGUUAAAGUGGACGGUGAGUGUAGUCUGCAUGUAUCGGUUUUUAUUAAUGCUGUAGUGGAAAUUGACAUUGCAGAUGAGCUUCAAAACAGCAACAAUAUGAAUCAACAUUAUGGCAUUCUGAAAUCAUGCAUUCUGAACUUCAAAAAAGAAACACAUACUGCUUGCACCUUACGUACCAAAGGGAUUUUUUUUUCUCAAUAUUUAAUCACAUGGUGAAUUGGCCAAUGUAGCACUUUUUUUUUUUUAUAUGUAUAUAUAAUGUCCUGUAUCGCUGUAUAUUUUUAUAAAUGUAUAUUUUAUUACGUGUUUUGUCUAUAGCAGUGAUUGUGAUUAUGGAUUAAUCAUAAACAAUAUACAAAAAUACAAAUUCUACCUGUUUUUAUUGCUUAAAAUGGCAUGUUGUGAAUUCUGACAUUAAAAUUUAAAUCAGUUAUAUAAUAAAGUAGAUGGAAUGUUUAAAUGUAUUAACACCAUAACAUUAUACCUGGGAAAAAAAGAGUCACUUCUAAUGUGCUUAUAAGCAAAAAAAAAAAAGAUUAACAUUCAGGUCUAAAAUAUUUCAUGUUGAUGACCAAAAUUAUAGAGAAUAUUUUUGAACAUAUAGCAACAUUCUGGACAUAAAUGCACAAAAAAUUACUUCAUUUAUUUAUUUGUUUGCUUGCUUGAUUUGGGGUUUUAUGCAGGCUUUUAUGGAGGCUCACGGGCUGAAAACAACAGAUGGGUUCGCUUGACGCAAAAAGAGAUGUGAAAAUGGUGGAAUUACAUGACUGGAGUUUUAUUCAGUCCUUUUUGUGAAUUUAUAUUCAGUGUAUAUUAUUCAUUAAAGUAUGAACUGAUUCUAAUGAUAGUUUCAUACUGCAACAGUCACUGUAUCUUGAUCUGCAUUUAAAGCAGUCUGCAGUACAAAAUGAGAAACAAACCUGCAAUGGAACAUGUAUCGGACCACUAGAGGGACUCAUAACACCGUUUAAAGGGAGCUACCGUUCCAUAUUUAUGGGGG